GCCAAGGGACAAGAGGCACACCCAGCCUGGACAGCAGCCUAGAAAGGAGACAUCCAGGAGAAGGGGAAGAAUGAGGCGCGGAGGGAGGGCCAGCCAAGAGUUAGAAGCUGAAGGAGUUUUCUGUUGUCCCAGAGAACAGUACAAAGAAACUAGAAUGCGCCGAAGCAUUCCCGUGGAGGUUGAUGAAUCAGAACCAUACCCAAGUCAGUUACUGAAAUCAAUCCCACAAUAUUCCCCGGAAGAGGAAUCAGAACCACCUGCUCCGAACAUAAGGAACAUGGCGCCCAACAGCCCGUCUGUGCCCCAAACCCCUCACUAUUCCUUGGGAGACUUUUCCCAGGCUUACCCACCCCUGAAACUUGCAAAUCACCGGCGCCCUGUGUCCCAGGAGGUCACCUGCCUGCGCACUAAAGUUCUGGAGGAGAGCGAAGACAGCUUCUGGAGGAGACACCCAGACCCGGGCAAAGAUCUUCCCUCGGGCUCUUCUGCAGCCAGCGAGUCUGAGUCUGAGUCUGAGUCUUUGGUUGGAGCCUUCCCACCGGAGCAUCAGUUUUUAUUUAUGGAAAAACGUAAUCAAUGGCUGGGAUCUCAGCUUUCAGCAGCUUCUCCUGACACUGGCCAUGACUCAGACAAAUCAGACCAAAGUUUGCCUAAUGCCUCAGUAGACUCCUCGGGCAGGAGCCAAGAGACGGCCCCACAGCCCCAGCUUCAGCCCCACAGGAACCGAGCAGCCCCGGAUCUGCCUACAAUAGACACGGGGUAUGAUUCCCAGCCCCAGGACGUCCUGGGCAUCAGGCAGCUGGAAAGGCCCCUGCCCCUCACCUCCGUGUGUUACCCCCAAGACCUUCCCAGACCUCUCAGGUCCAGAGAGUUCCAUCAGUUUGAACUUCAGAGGUAUCCAGCGUGUGCACAGAUGCUGCCUCCCAACCUCUCCCCACAGGCUCAGUGGAACUAUCAUUACCAUUGUCCCGGAGGUCCCGAUCACCAGGCGCCAUAUGGCCACGACUACCCUCGAGCAGCCUACCAGCAAGCCAUCCAGCCGGCUCUGCCUGGGCAGCCCCUACCUAGAGCCAGUGUGAGAGGCGUGCACCCUGUGCAGAGGGUCGUCCUGAAUUAUCCUAGCCCCUGGGACCAAGAAGAGAGGCCCGCACAAAGAGACAACACCUCCCCAGGACUCCCGAGGGACCAGCUCUAUAACCAGCCACCUAACAGAGCUGGAGCUCCUGAGGAGUCCUUGGAGUGUCCUGCAGAGUUGAGACCACAGGGUCCCCAGGCUCCAUCCCCAGCGGCUGUGCCUAGACCCCCUAGUCACCCUCCCGCCAGAGGAACUCUGAAAACAAGCAAUUUGCCAGAAGAAUUGCGGAAAGUCUUCAUCACUUACUCUAUGGACACAGCCGUGGAGGUGGUGAAAUUUGUGAAAUUUUUGUUGGCAAAUGGCUUCCAAACUGCUAUCGACAUAUUUGAGGAUAGAAUCCGAGGCAUUGAUAUCAUUAAGUGGAUGGAACGCUACCUUAGGGAUAAGACAGUGAUGAUAAUCGUAGCAAUCAGCCCCAAAUACAAACAGGAUGUGGAAGGCGCUGAGUCGCAGCUGGACGAGGAUGAGCAUGGCUUACAUACUAAAUACAUUCAUCGAAUGAUGCAGAUUGAGUUCAUAAAUCAAGGAAGCAUGAAUUUCAGAUUCAUCCCUGUGCUCUUCCCAAAUGCUAAGAAGGAACAUGUGCCCACCUGGCUUCAGAACACUCACGUCUACAGCUGGCCCAGGAAUAAAAAGAACAUCCUGCUGCGGCUGCUCAGAGAGGAAGAGUAUGUGGCUCCUCCCCGGGGGCCUCUGCCCACCCUUCAAGUGGUACCCUUGUGACACCUUCCAUCCCCAGAUCACCGGGCCACGCCACAUCUGGGGCCCUGUUCUGACAAGCACGCCUCUAGCUGAGGCUGUUUGUUUUCAGUCCCUCUCAGAGGGGCCCUCCUAUCCCAGAAAACCUGUUCUGCAGAGCACUCUCCCUCCUGGGACCUCACUGACCCUGUCUUUGAAACGGAGGCCGUGGCUGCUCUGCAUUCCCUGCUUCUGAAACUCACUGCAUGUUCCUCCUAGCAGUCCGACGUGUCCAUUCGGGGCCUCUCGGUGCUUAGCAAGUAGAUAAUAUAAGUGAUGUUGCAAUAAAUGUAAAUGACCCCACUCUCCCAUUGCUUAAGGCUACUUUUGUGAGUUAGCCAGAUGCUUGUGUGUCCUCAGACCAAACUGAUUCAUGUACAAAUAAUAAAAUGUUUACUCUUUUGUAA